AUGAAUAGCGGAGCUAAAAUUUACCAGAAAUGACGAAUAGCAAUAUUUUGGGUCACUUAGCACUCAUCCUGCUCCUACUCAGCGGCAUAAUCGAGGCACAACACGAGCCACACUGGUGGGGUAAUCGCAACACUAUUGUACAUCUCUUCGAAUGGAAGUGGGCGGAUAUAGCGAAGGAGUGUGAAGAGUUUUUAGCGCCACGCGGCUUUGCUGGCGUGCAGGUCUCGCCCGUCGCUGAAAAUGUAGUGAUCGCUGGACGACCGUGGUGGGAGCGUUAUCAACCGAUCUCUUACAAGCUAGUUACACGUUCCGGCAAUGAAGCCGAGUUCGCUGAUAUGGUGCGCAGAUGCAACAACGUCGGCGUGCGUAUUUAUGUCGAUGUGCUGCUCAAUCAUAUGUCCGCCUCACAUGAGGGCACUGUGCAAGGCACAGGCGGCUCGAUUGCCAAUCCAUGUGCGAAGGAUUUCCCUGCUGUGCCCUACGGUGAAAUAGACUUUCAUCCAAGCUGUGAUAUUUAUGACUGGAAUGACCGUUUUCAAAUACAGAACUGUGAACUAGUUAGUCUAAAAGAUUUGGAUCAGAGUAGUGAAUGGGUGCGCGAACGUCUCGUGGAGUUCCUCGAUCAUUUGAUUCAGUUAGGUGUGGCGGGUUUCCGUGUGGAUGCCGCCAAGCAUAUGCCGGCAGAAGAUUUGAAGAUCAUCUAUGAUCGUGUACGCGAUCUCAACAUCGCACAUGGCUUCCCACACAAUGCGCGUCCUUUCAUCUAUCAGGAAGUCAUCGAUCAUGGUCACGAAACUGUGGAUAAAUAUGAGUACAGCCCGCUAGGCGCUGUGACGGAAUUUCGUUUCUCGGAAGAAAUAGGUGGCGCUUUUCGUGGUUAUAAUCAACUUAAGUGGCUGCGCAACUGGGGUCCCGAGUGGAGUUUCUUACCCGCGGAACACGCUUUAGUCUUUGUCGAUAAUCAUGAUAAUCAACGCGACGGUGGCAAUGUGCUCACAUAUAAGAAUGCCAAGCAAUACAAAAUGGCUACCGCAUUCGCAUUAGCCUACCCAUACGGCAUAACGCGCGUAAUGAGCUCUUUUGAUUUCCAAGAUCGAGAUCAGGCACCACCAGCCGAUGAAAAUGAGCAAAUACUCUCACCGCAGUUCGACGAAGAUGGCGGUUGUGUUAAUGGUUGGGUGUGUGAGCAUCGCUGGCGUCAAAUCUAUAAUAUGGUGGGCUUCAAGAAUGCAGUGCGCGGCACCGUAGUGUCCAAUUGGUGGGACAAUGACGAUAAUCAAAUUGCCUUCUGUCGUGGCAAUCGUGGUUUUAUAGCCUUCAAUGGCAAUGGGUGGGAUCUGAAGGAGCGUUUACAAACUUGUCUGCCUGCGGGUGUUUAUUGUGAUGUGAUCUCUGGUGCGCUGGUGAAUGGAGAAUGUACGAGUAAAACGGUGGUUGUGGACGACUGGGGUUAUGCUGAUAUUGAUUUGGGAGCUGAUGAGUUCGAUGGCAUUUUAGCUUUACAUGUGAAUGCGAAGUUGUAGAGUCUGAAAGCUUUUGUACUUAAUGCUCCUCAUUUUAUUUUAUAAAUCUUUUAAUAAAAAUCUGAG